AUGAUCGUGCCACGUGCAAACGUAGCGUCAUUCCUCAAACGCAACCUUGAGAAAGACGAUAGGAGAUCGGCCUACCCCUCCUAUUACCUCGAAAAGGAACGCACAGGAAAUUCCCGGCUUGUUGUGUCGUAUUUGACGCACACAGCUUCGAAGCCGGGGAAGGGCCAGGCGUCGGCUCUCAAUGCUCUGCAAGAUAUUUGGAACACAUCGAUAUGUCAACCCGGAUCAAAAGUUGCGUUGACGAGCACAGAGAUCAGCGAUCUGCUUGAAGCUGCCGUCCACUUGCGGGAAUGGGAAUUCUUCGAAAAGAUUGCUGCCGACCCUCAUGGGCUGAUCAAUUCCUAUAUCUUCGAGUGGUUGAGCAAGCAGGUCGGUGAUGGCAAGGUCUCCUUCCAAAACAUCAAAAAGGGGUUGACCUCAAUGAUUCUCGGCCGCGAGAAGUUCUCCUUGCGAGUGCACAUGGUCGAGUCUUUUGCGCCGAACGGGUCUCCCGUCCUGACCGAUGAGGUUCGCGAGUGGGCGCUGGACAUCUUUUCCAAGGGAUUGGCAAUCUCGUCUGCUUCUGGCAGUUCUGUCGGCUCUGAUGGGUUGGCUGCGAUUCUGGCUGCCAGGCGGUAUGCCGACUUUGCCUGGCUCAAUUCAACCGUCCUCCCCAUCAUUGAGAACCACCUCAACAUCCCGGCGUUUGCUCUCGACUUCCUAUCAGCCCCCUUCAUGAUCACUAAGAAGAAGAUCUUCCCGGUACAGGAAGGCGUGCAGCUCUACAAGCGCCUCGCCAAAAAGUUCAUCUCGCAGCUCGACUUCAACACCGUCUACGGCGACAGACCGGAGGAGAAGAACAUGCCGCGCAAGCGACGCAAAGACAUUUCCGGGCAGCUCGGUCCCGGGGCGGACUACAACUACGACCUCGCCGUCCAUCCCGACACGCUCGCCGAUUUCUUCUCCCACCUCAUCAAGCUGAGCACGCCACCGCAGGAGGACCUUGUAGUGCCCCUCGCCAUCAAGCUUGUAGGCCACGCGAGGCACAUGAAGUGGAACGACUUCCAACCCCUCUGGCUGCCGUUCCUCAGGGAGCUCAUUGAGCGGCUCGAGUCCCAUAAGGUCCCCCUGACGACUCCCCGCUACCGCCAGAUAGCCGGCGCCAUCCUUGAAGCUUACCGCGACACCUACCUCGGCGAGAAGCCCUCGACCCAAGCUCGCGAUGACAACGCCAGGGUCUCCCCAUGCUAUCGCGGAGACUGCGACAUACUGAACGAGUUUCUGUGCAGCGGCAACAAGCAGCAGCAGCGAUUUACCGUCAGCAAGCCAAGGCGCCACCAUCUCCAUAAACAGAUUGAGAACUACGGCAUCAGAUGCUCGCACGUCAGCGAUAGGAGCGGUCCGCAGGAUACGCUCGUGGUUCCCAAGCUGGACCCGGCUCCAGGUGCCAAGUGGAAGGUGGCCCGGGAGGAUACGGCAGAGCAGUUCCAGCAGUUCGACCAGACGAAGCUGGGGAUCCUGCUGGGCGAGGACUACCCGCGCAUCGCGGAGGCAUUGUGGGAGCGGCCCACGAAUCUCGCGCCGGGCUCCGGCGGUAUCUCUUACAUGCCGGCACCGGUUCAGACUCAUCCUCAGGCUCCUGUUCAGGCGUCAUAUGCCCCGGCUCAAGCUCCGCUGCAAUCGACAUAUGCUCCUCCAGUUCAAGCACCUACAUACCCGCCCGCUCAACCUCAAAUGUCAACUCGGCCCCAGGGAGGUUUGGCACCGCACCCGGGACAGGGCAUGUACAUCCGCGAACCGGACAACCAGCCCUUCCCUACCGCGCCGCCCGCCCGGUUUGGCGUACACCCUCCCAACAACUGGGUCCGGCCGCCGACGGUCCACAUGCCUCACGGCGUGCCGGACCCAAGACCUGCUGGCGGAGGAUAUCUAUCUUCGAUGCCAACAAUGCAGAACCAGAUGGCCGGCGGGCAGGCCCCGACGUUCGGGUCGUCAGCCAGUGCCGCGCCGCAGGUGCAACUAAACCAUAGACCGCACGGCGGGCCUCUGGCGCCGAUUACGGGCAACGCGGGCGGCCCCCCACCGCCGGGACAACACCUCCCCGGCAUCAACAACAUGGGCCUGCCGCCGUCGGUCGCCGGAGCGAAACGCAAGGCGGAGCCCGAAAUCAUUGACCUGACAUGA